AGGGAGUGGAAAUCACGAAGUCUGACAAACCAGCAGUGUAGAACAUCACUGUAGGCUGGGGAGAAAAGGAUAUUUUUUUUCUAUAAUUUCCAACACGAGAGGAGAGACGGUGCCACAAAGAGAGAAUCGUAAGUGGUACGAAAGCUGAGGAACCUGUCGGUGUGAGUCAUACAGGGAGGAGGUCCCCCCAGAAUUGUUUCCAUCAGGUGAAGUAGCGGAGCAGAGAGAAGACAGUCACCAUGGUCGCCCUUUCGCUGAAGAUUGGCGUUGGAAACGUCGUGAAGACCAUGCAGUUUGAACCUUCCACCAUGGUUUAUGACGCCUGCCGCAUUAUCCGGGAGAGGGUCCCAGAGGCGCAAACUGGCCAGCCUAAUGAUUAUGGAUUGUUCCUGUCGGAUGAAGACCCAAAGAAGGGGAUCUGGCUUGAGGCUGGGAAAGCGCUUGAUUAUUACAUGCUGAGGAAUGGGGACACCUUGGAAUACAAGAAGAAGCACAGACCCCUGAAGAUCAGGAUGUUGGAUGGGACUGUUAAAACAGUUAUGGUGGAUGAUUCCAAAAUUGUUGGAGAUAUGCUAAUGACAGUCUGCGCCAGGAUAGGCAUCACAAACUAUGAUGAGUACUCACUGGUGCACGACAUUGUAGAGGAAAAGAAAGAGGAGAACUACGGGACCCUGAAAAAGGACAAAACACUCAUGCGAGACGACAAGAAGAUGGAGAAGCUGAAGCAGAAGCUCCACACUGACGAUGACAUGAACUGGCUGGACCACGGACGCACGCUCAGAGAACAGGGCGUGGAAGAAACAGAAACGCUGCUUCUGAGGAGGAAGUUCUUCUACUCUGAUCAGAAUGUGGAUUCCAGAGACCCAGUGCAGCUCAAUCUGCUAUAUGUGCAGGCUCGAGAUGACAUCCUGAACGGUUCCCAUCCUGUCUCCUUCGAAAAGGCCUGUGAAUUUGCAGGGUUUCAAUGCCAGAUUCAGUUUGGAGACCACAACGAGCAGAAGCACAAGCCCGGAUUCUUGGAUUUAAAGGAGUUCCUGCCAAAAGAAUACAUCAAAAACAAGGGAGAAAAGAAAAUCUUUCAGGCUCACAGCAAUAGCCAGAGCAUGACAGAAAUUGAAGCAAAAGUGAGCUACGUCAAAUUGGCCAGGUCUCUUAAAACCUACGGAGUGUCAUUCUUUUUAGUAAAGGAGAAAAUGAAAGGCAAGAACAAACUGGUGCCCCGCUUGCUGGGGAUCACAAAGGAGUGUGUGAUGAGAGUCGAUGAGAAAACCAAGGAGGUGAUCCAGGAGUGGAACCUCACCAAUAUCAAGCGCUGGGCUGCGUCGCCCAAGAGCUUCACCUUGGAUUUUGGUGACUAUCAAGAUGGCUACUACUCUGUUCAGACAACUGAAGGGGAACAGAUUGCACAGCUGAUUGCUGGCUACAUUGAUAUCAUUCUUAAAAAGAAAAAAAGUAAGGACCACUUUGGCUUGGAGGGAGAUGAAGAAUCAACCAUGUUAGAGGACUCUGUGUCACCAAAGAAGUCCACCGUUCUCCAGCAACAGUUUAACAGGGUUGGUAAAGUGGAGCACGGCUCUGUGGCCUUGCCAGCCAUCAUGCGCUCUGGAGCUGGCGGCCCAGAGAGUUUCCAGGUGGGCACCAUGCCACAGGCCAAGCAGCACAUCACCAGUGGACAGAUGCACAGGGGGCACAUGCCUCCUCUGACCUCGGCUCAACAGGCUCUGAUGGGUACCAUUAACUCCAGCAUGCAUGCCGUGCAAGCAGCACAGGCCACGCUGGAUGAGUUUGACACAUUGCCACCUCUUGGGCAGGAUGCUGCCUCCAAAGCAUGGCGUAAAAAUAAAAUGGACGAAUCCAAACACGAGAUCCAUUCUCAGGUGGAUGCUAUUACUGCAGGAACCGCGUCAGUGGUCAAUCUCACUGCAGGGGGUCCAGCUGACACAGACUACACAGCGGUGGGCUGUGCAGUGACCACUAUCUCCUCCAACUUGACGGAGAUGUCCAAGGGGGUGAAGCUGCUUGCGGCUCUAGUGGAGGAUGAGGGUGGAAAUGGGCACAAUCUCCUUCACGCUGCAAAAAACCUCGCCUGCGCCGUCUCUGACAUGCUCAAGACAGCCCAGCCAGCCAGUACUGAGCCUCGUCAGGCCCUGCUCCAGGCAGCAGGCAAUGUUGGCCAAGCAAGUGGAGAUUUACUGCAGCAGAUUGGUGAGAGUGAGGCAGACCCCAGAUUCCAGUUUUUUCUAGGCAAAGGAUCACUCAGAAACACAACACGGAGUGUCUCCCCUUAUAGUCAAAGGAUGGACAUGCUGAUGCAUUUGGCCAAAGCAGUAGCCAAUGCUGCGGCCGCUCUCGUGCUUAAAGCUAAGAAUGUGGCCCAGAAGACUGAAGACUCAGGGCUCCAGAACCGCGUGAUUGCCGCCGCCACCCAGUGCGCCCUCUCCACCUCCCAGCUUGUAGCUUGCACCCGGGUGGUUGCCCCCACCAUCAGCUCCCCAGUAUGUCAGGAGCAGCUGAUCGAGGCGGGGAAGCUGGUGGCCAAGUCGGUGGAGGGCUGUGUAGAGGCAUCCCAGGCCGCCACCAAUGAUGAGCAGCUGCUGAAGCAGGUGGGCUCGGCUGCUACAGGAGUGACGCAGGCCCUCAACGACCUGCUGCAGCACAUCAAGCAGUACACCACCGGCGGGCAGCCCAUCGGGCGCUACGACCAGGCCACCGACACCAUCCUCAACGUCACAGAGAACAUCUUCAGCUCUAUGGGGGAUGCAGGUGAGAUGGUGCGGCAGGCUCGCAUCCUGGCCCAGGCCACCUCGGACCUGGUCAAUGCCAUAAAAGCCGAUGCUGAAGGCGAGUCUGACCUGGAAAACUCCCGCAAGCUGCUCUCUGCAGCCAAACUGCUCGCCGAUGCAACAGCUAAGAUGGUAGAAGCUGCCAAGGGAGCAGCUGCCAACCCAGACAGCGAGGAGCAGCAGCAGAAGCUGCGGGAGGCAGCCGAGGGGCUGAGGAUUGCCACCAAUGCGGCGGCCCAGAAUGCCAUCAAGAAGAAACUGGUCAACAAGCUGGAGAAUGCAGCUAAACUGGCUGCUGCCGCAGCCACCCAGACCAUUGCCGCUGCUCAGCAGGCUGCCUCCACCAAUAAGAACCCAGCAGCACAGCAGCAACUUGUCCAGAGCUGCAAGGUUGUGGCGGAUCAAAUCCCCAUUCUGGUCCAGGGUGUGCGAGGAAGCCAGUCCCAGCCUGAUAGCCCAAGCGCUCAGCUAGCUCUCAUCAGCGCUGGACAAAACUUUCUUCAGCCUGGAGCUAAGAUGGUCACUGCUGCCAAGGCCACUGCUCCUACCAUCAGUGACCAGGCCUCUGCCAUGCAGCUGAGCCAGUGUGCCAAAAACCUAGCAACUGCUUUGGCUGAGCUCAGAACUGCUGCACAGAAGGCACAGGAAGCCUGCGGCCCACUGGAAAUAGACAAUGCUCUGAAUGUAGUCCGGAACCUGGAGAAGGACAUGCAGGAAGCAAAGGCCUCGGCUGUGGAAGGGAAACUGAAACCCCUGCCUGGAGAAACGUUGGAGAAGUCCUCUCAGGACCUGGGAAACAGCACCAAGGCUGUGAGCUCUGCCAUUGCUCAGCUGCUCAGUGAAAUUUCCCAGGGCAACGAGAAUUACACAGGAAUGGCUGCCCGAGACCUGGCUCAAGCCCUGAAAGCUCUGGGCAUGGCAGCUCGCGGUGUUGCUGCCAGCACCUCAGACCCACAGGCCCGCAAUGCAAUGCUGGAUUGCGCCAGCGAUGUCAUGGAUAAAUCAGGCAACUUGAUAGAGGAGACAAAGAGGGCAGUGGCCAAGCCAGGAGACCCAGACAGCCAGCAGAGACUGGCACAGGUUGCGAAGGCAGUUUCCCAGGCCCUGAACAGGUGUGUGAACUGCCUGCCUGGGCAGAGAGAUGUGGACAAUGCCAUCAGGACAGUGGGAGAAGCCAGUAAGAAACUCCUUGCAGACUCAUUCCCCCCAAGCUCUAAGAGCUUCCAGGAAGCCCAGGGCAAUCUGAACCAGGCAGCCGUAGGGCUGAACCAGUCUGCCAAUGAGCUGGUGCAGUCUUCCCGGGGCACCACUCAGGACCUCUCCAGGGCCUCUGGCAAGUUCGGACAGGACUUCAAUGAGUUCUUACAGGCCGGCGUGGAGAUGGCAGGACAGUCCCAGUCGAAGGAAGAUCAGACUCAGGUGGUCACAAACCUCAAGACCAUCUCCAUGUCUUCUAGCAAGCUCCUGCUUGCAGCUAAAGCUCUGUCUGCAGACCCCAGCGCCCCCAACCUCAAGAACCAGCUUGCAGCUGCUGCACGCGCUGUCACGGACAGUAUUAAUCAGCUGAUCACAAUGUGCACCCAGCAGGCCCCAGGCCAGAAAGAGUGCGACAAUGCCCUGCGGGAGCUUGAGACUGUCCGUGGCAUGCUGGAAAACCCCACAGAAGCUGUGAAUGACCUCUCCUACUUCGACUGUAUUGACAGUGUAAUGGAGAACUCCAAGGUUCUUGGAGAGGCCAUGGCAGGAAUCUCUCACAAUGCGAAGAACAGUAAGCUGCCUGAGUUUGGAAACUCUAUCAGUUCAGCUUCCAAAGCUCUGUGUGGGCUCACUGAAGCUGCUGCUCAGGCUUCCUACCUGGUCGGCGUUUCGGAUCCCAACAGCCAUGCUGGCCAGAGGGGACUGGUGGAUCCUUCCCAGUUUGCCAGAGCAAAUCAAUCCAUUCAGAUGGCCUGCCAGAACCUGGUGGAUCCAGCAUGCACCCAAUCACAGGUUCUUUCAGCUGCUACCAUUGUUGCCAAACACACUUCGGCACUGUGCAACGCCUGCCGUCUGGCUUCAUCUAAAACUGCAAACCCUGUUGCUAAGCGACAGUUCGUCCAGUCGGCAAAGGAAGUGGCUAACAACACAGCUAAUCUUGUUAAGGCAAUCAAAGCACUUGAUGGAGCUUUCAGUGGAGAAAACCGCGAGAAGUGCAGAGGCGCGACUGUGCCUCUGAUUGAGGCUGUCGACAAUCUGACUGCCUUCGCUUCCAACCCAGAGUUUGCCAGCGUUCCAGCACAGAUCAGCCCCGAGGGGCUCCAAGCAAUGAAGCCCAUAGUUGUUGCUGCCAAGACCAUGCUGGAGAGCUCAACUGGGUUGAUCCAGACUGCCCGCUCACUGGCUGUCAACCCCAAAGACCCACCAAAGUGGUCGGUCCUGGCUGGACACUCCAGGACAGUCUCCGACUCCAUCAAAAACCUCAUAACAAACAUGAGAGAUAAAGCUCCUGGACAGAUUGAGUGUGAUGAAGCCAUUGAGGUUCUCAAUAGGUGCAUCAGAGAUGUGGAUCAGGCAUCAUUAGCUGCUGUUAGCCAGCAACUUAACCCAAGAGAAGACAUUUCACAGGAGGCCCUUCAUGACCAGGUGGCAGCGGCAGUGCAGGAGAUCAGCAUCCUGAUUGAACCCAUCGCUGUGGCGGCCCGAUCUGAGGCGUCCGAGUUAGGACAUAAGGUGUCUCAGAUGGCAAGCUACUUUGAGCCUCUUGUCAUGGCGUCUAUUGGAACAGCCUCGAAGAUCGUGGACAGCCAGCAACAAAUGAACCUGCUGGAUCAGACCAAGACGCUGGCAGAGUCUGCCCUUCAGAUGCUUUACACUGCCAAAGAGGCAGGGGGAAAUCCUAAAGCGGCCCACACACAGGAGGCAGUGGAUGAGUCUGUGCUAAUGAUGAAGGAGGCUGUGGAUGACCUGUCAGCCACCCUGGCAGAGGCAGCCAGUGCUUCUGGAGCUGUGGGAGGCAUGGUGGACUCCAUCACCCAGGCCAUUAACAAGAUUGAUGAAGGCCCAGACGGUGAACCAGAGGGCACUUUUGUGGACUACCAGACCACCAUGGUGAAGACCGCCAAAGCCAUUGCCGUCACUGUACAGGAAAUGGUUACAAAAUCCAACACCAAUCCAGAUGAGCUGGGCUCUUUGGCUAAUCAGCUCACAAGUGAGUUUGGGCAGCUGGCUCACGAGGCGAAACCUGCUGCUAUUACUGCAGAGAACGAAGAGAUUGGAUCCCACAUUAAGAACCGGGUGCAGGAGCUGGGUCACGGGUGUGCCACCCUGGUUACCAAGGCCGGGGGUCUGCAGUGCAGCCCUAACGAUGCCUUUACCAAGAAGGAGCUCAUUGAGUCUGCACGCAAGGUCUCCGAAAAGGUGUCUCAUGUACUGGCAGCUCUGCAGGCUGGUAACCGUGGUACCCAAGCCUGCAUCACCGCUGGCAGCGCGGUGUCUGGCAUCAUCGCUGACCUGGAUACCACAAUCAUGUUCGCAACAGCUGGCACCCUCAACCGAGAGAACGCCGAGACAUUCGCUGAUCACAGGGAGAACAUCUUGAAGACUGCCAAAGCUCUGGUGGAAGACACUAAGCUGUUGGUAUCGGGGGCUGGGUCAAGCCAGGAGAGGCUGGCCCAGGCGGCUCAGUCAUCAGUCAACACAAUCACCAAGCUGGCUGAGGUAGUGAAGCUGGGAGCAGCUAGCUUGGGAGCUGAGGAUCCAGAGACACAGGUCGUCCUGAUCAACGCAGUGAAGGAUGUGGCCAAGGCGCUUGGAGAUCUCAUCAGUGCCACGAAGGGAGCCUCAGGGAAGCCUCAUGAUGAUCCUGCCAUGUUUCAGCUCAAGAACUCUGCCAAGGUGAUGGUGACCAAUGUGACUUCGCUCUUGAAGACUGUCAAGGCUGUGGAAGAUGAAGCAACCAAAGGAACCAGAGCCCUGGAGGCCACCAUUGAGCACAUUAAGCAGGAGCUGGCUGUAUUCAACAGCAAAGAGCCACCACCUAAGACUGCGACACCUGAAGAUUUUAUCCGCACAACCAAAGGCAUCACCAUGGCGACUGCAAAGGCAGUGGCUGCUGGGAAUUCGUGCCGUCAGGAAGACGUCAUCGCUACGGCUAACCUGAGUCGCAAAGCCAUUGCUGAGAUGCUGAACUCCUGCAAGCAAGCGGCGUAUCACCCUGCGGUGAAUAAAGAUGUGCAAACCAGAGCGCUCCGAUAUGGAAAAGAGUGUGCCGUCGGGUACCUGGGACUGCUGGAGCACGUGCUGGUGAUUAUUCAGAAGCCGUCCCAUGACCUGAAACAGCAGCUGGCCUCCUACUCCAAGCGAGUGGCCGGCUCUGUCACAGAGCUCAUCCAGGCAGCAGAGGCCAUGAAAGGCACAGAAUGGGUUGAUCCUGAAGACCCGACCGUUAUUGCUGAGAAUGAACUUCUGGGAGCUGCUGCUGCUAUUGAGGCUGCAGCCAAGAAAUUGGAGCAGCUCAAACCUCGAGCUAAGCCCAAGGAAGCAGACGAGAGCCUGAACUUUGAGGAACAGAUUUUGGAAGCUGCUAAAUCCAUCGCCGCGGCAACCAGUGCUUUGGUGAAAGCUGCCUCUGCAGCUCAGAGAGAGCUGGUGGCACAAGGAAAAGUGGGCGCUAGUCCAGCCAAUGCUGUGGAUGAUGGGCAGUGGUCUCAGGGUCUUAUUUCAGCUGCCCGAAUGGUUGCUGCAGCUACCAGCAACCUUUGCGAGGCAGCUAACUCGGCUGUGCAGGGCCACGCUAGCGAGGAAAAACUCAUCUCAUCUGCCAAGCAGGUGGCAGCGUCCACAGCUCAGCUCCUGGUGGCCUGUAAGGUGAAGGCAGACCAGGACUCCCAGACCAUGAAGAGGCUUCAGGCUGCUGGUAAUGCUGUAAAGAGAGCUUCUGAUAACCUGGUGAAGGCGGCACAGAAAGCAGCAUUCGAUGCACACGACGAUGAAGCUGUGGUGGUGAAGAGCAAGAUGGUCGGCGGAAUUGCUCAGAUUAUUGCAGCCCAGGAAGAGAUGCUGCGGAAGGAGAGGGAGCUAGAGGAAGCUCGGAAGAAGCUGGCAACGAUCAGGCAACAGCAGUACAAGUUCCUGCCCACUGAGCUUCGGGAGGAUGAACAAAACUAACGAACUGCACCAUCCGGAUAUAUUUUUAUAUUUAAAGAAAUACAAUCUUAUUCAGUCCCCUUGGGCUGUGAAACAAACAAAAUAGAAAAGCAUCAGUGCAUUUGAACUAUAGCAUGUCCUAAUGAACAGAUUGAUUGCUUUAAAAUAGGUCAACAUUAAGAGAUGUCUAUUUUUACAUUUAGUUGAAAGUUGUUAGGUAAAACUUCUUUGGGGGGGUGGGGGGUGGGUGGUGCAUUGUUGAAUUACACCCGUGCAUUUGUUAACCUUGAUAGUGCAAGUCAUUCUACUCCUUACAUUAAUCAAACAUUAAUUUUUUUUGAUAUAAUACAGUGAACUUGUUUGCUUGUAAAGCUUUUAUUAUACUAUAACUAAUAUAUUUUUAACUGAUGCAACACAUACAGGCUUUUAGCUUAAACUUUUCCAUGGCUGAAUUAUGAACUGCAGUCUGCCAUGCUGUGCAAGAUGUGUUGCCUGUGGCUCCACUUGCUGGACCAAAAGAGCAUUGCAGCUCCUAAAUUAGGUAACAGGUAACGAAAGAAUGAAAAAGUGCUAGCCAGAAAAAGAAAAUUGUUACAUACUCUGUAUUUUGUAAUUGUGGAGUCAUUCUGUUAUAUAUGUGUAUGAGUAUUCCAAAGAGGUCAGAGGUUAAAUGGCUUUGGGAUGACCAGGAAGUUUAUCUCUGUCAACCCUUAGCCUUGUGGCUCUAGCAAACUUGGUGAAUGUUAGAAUGCAAUGCUGCAGGGCUACGGUUUUUUAUACAUAAAUUAAUAAAUUAAACUUAUACAUAUCAUCAGAAAAACUAUGAAAAACAGUGUGCUAUUAAAAAGUAACCACAUCCAUAACAUUCAUAUCUAAAUAUUGUUAUGAAGCUUUUUUUUUUUUUUUUUUUUUUUUUUUUUUUAAUAUAAAGUGCCUGGAAUUGGAUGCACUUGCCUUUGUCGGUUCUGGGCCUUAAUGUGAGAAUGUGUUUUUGAGAAAUGAUCACACAAUAGAAAGGUUACUUUUUCAUUUUAUGUACCGAACAAUGAUUUUUAAAAAUAAAUAAUAAUAACGGUACAUUUUUGUAUCAACAGUGAGGCUUUUGUCGGUAGAUUUGUUUUUCUGUACUCUUCACCAAUAUAUUAAAGGUAUACAUACUGUAUUCCACAUUAAGCUUUUUAGUUUGGGAACCUUAGAAAAUCAGUCCAUAUUUUAAGAAUUUUGAUUUUUUUUGUAUGUAUUGAACAAGUUUUGACACUGAAACAUGAGUCCUAAAGCUGAGGGAACACAAAGCCACUUUUUCAGGAGCAAUGGCUUGAACCCUGGUUCCAGGAGACUGGGAGACCUAG